CCCACAUGGUGGAACGUGCUCGCAAUGCUAGGGCAUUUUGCAGCUCUGAUCGAUUGGCUCUGUUCGCAGUCACAAGUCCUCAAGAAGUCGGAUUAAAUUGUGACCUGGAUAAGUGAAUGCUGCAGCUCGGUGCCGGCAGAUCUACGCGAAACAGUUGCCUUGCAAGAAGAGAAGAGGGAAAGCAGCACUUUCACUAAGUUUGCUAAUCAAUGGCGCCCAAGCGGAAGGCUGCAGCGGCAGCAAAGGAAGAGGCUGCUCCCACAAAGAAAGGCAAGGGAGGGCUAGCGAUUGGCGACGACUUUCCCAAUCUGCCUGAGCUAGAGUUUGAUGAAUCCACGCCGGAAGAGAAGAAGACCGUCAAGCUGAGUGAUGUCUUGAAAGACCAUGGCAUCAUCCUCUUCUUCUACCCAAAAGCAAACACUGGGGGCUGCACAAAGCAAGCCUGCGGGUUCCAGGAUAAUUUGUCUGAGAUUGAAAAGGCAGGGUACAAGGUGUUUGGAAUGUCUGCAGACAAGCCAAAGAGUCAAGCGGGCUGGAAAGCCAAGCGAGGCUUCAAGUACAACCUGCUGAGCGACCCCAGCUACGAGGUGUUGAAGACUCUUGGAGUGACCAAGGGUGCCAAGAGCAUAAGCAGGUCGCACAUUGUGGUCGAGAAGGGAGGAAAGAUCAAGGAUGUCCGCAUUGGCAUCAGCCCUGGCGACAGCUUUGCAGAGGCGUUGAAGACAGUGACAGCUUAGAUUCAACCAUAGGGGAGACAGUCAAGUGCUUGACCGGGCCAACAUGCUCUGUUUGAGAGAAACGUUCUGGAGUUGCUCCAAUCGGGGCUUGUCGUCCAGAACUUUGUGGACCUAAAUUGUUUGGGGUCUGGCCAGGCCAGCGACUGGCCUGCCGGCCUUGAUGAGACACUCGCGUUGUAGCUGUGCCACAGAUCUCGAGUCGAUUGUGUUGGCGAGCUUGCCCAAUCACUCAUCGGUCAGAAACUUAUACGGAGUUGUAUAAUUAGUUGGGAGUGGACUGCUUAAAAUUACUCAGAAAGUUCACAAAUUUUCUGCAUGCUUCCAACGAGGGCAGGGUGCACCUGGUCGGAGUUUCCGACUCAACUUACCUCCAGAUCAAACUGGCCGCGCCUACGCCACACCGGGGACCACCUGAGCACGUUGC